AUGGAAGAUAAAUACAUUGGGUUAGCUUUAGCUGUUUCAUCAUCGUUAGCUAUUGGAACCUCCUUCAUCAUCACCAAGAAAGGUCUCAUGGACACCUCCCGAAACGGUGGUGCCGUGGAUGGCCAUGAAUACUUACAAAACCCCGUUUGGUGGGCAGGUAUGAUAACUAUGGCUAUUGGUGAGAUUGCUAAUUUUGCUGCUUAUACCUUUGCUCCACCUAUUUUAGUCACUCCCUUAGGUGCAUUGUCAGUAAUCAUCGGUGCUGUGUUGGCAGCCAUCUUUUUAAAGGAAGAAUUGGGUACUUUAGGUAAAAUGGGUUGUGCUAUCUGUUUACUAGGCUCGGUAAUCAUUGUCCUUCAUGCUCCCCCAGAUAAGGAAGUAGAGACCGUCGAUGAGAUCUUAGGCUACGCUGCUCGUCCAGGAUUCUUAUUUUAUUGUUUCGUGGUCACGUGCUACUCCCUAUUCAUGAUCUAUAAGAUCGUACCACAAUACGGCCAUACCAAUCCUAUGAUCUAUAUUUCCAUCUGUUCAUCCGUUGGGUCUAUCUCCGUUAUGUCCAUCAAAGCAUUCGGGAUCGCAUUAAAAUUAACCUUAGGUGGGAAUAAUCAGUUCAGUCACGUGUCGACCUAUCUUUUCAUCAUAGUGGUAGUUAUCUGUAUUUUGACCCAGAUGAAUUACUUCAACAAGGCUUUGGAUCAGUUUGAUACUUCCAUAGUUAACCCCUUGUACUAUGUUACUUUCACCACUUGUACUUUGGUGGCGUCAUUCAUACUAUUCCGUGGAUUUAACACCACUUCAGCUGUUAACAUCAUUUCCUUAUUGAUCGGAUUCUUGAUCAUUUUUUCCGGAGUGUACUUAUUGAACAUUUCUCGUAAGGAUAAUGAAGGGAAGCAAAGAGAGUUGUUUGGUGUCCAUACCGGGAAAGAUUUAGGACCAAUGGAUGGAGGUGUUGGGGGAUUCCAAUCAUUGAGAAGAAGUAUGCAAUUGACUAGAGAGGAUGAAGAAACGGUGGGAUUGAGAAGGUUUGAUAGUUUUGAGUUGAGUGAUGAUGAUCGUAGGUAA